AUGGGGUCUCCUAUUGAAGGACUUCUGUUUCCUAAACCUCCUUUGAUCUCCCAUCUGGAGCAAAGACCCAAGCCUUGUAAUCAGCAUCCACAGGAUGAGGAGUGCCUGAGCUGCACCUGUCCAGUGUCAACUGACAAGCCAUGGCCUGAGAAGGAGAAGACAAGUUUAGAACAAGAGAUUUUUGAAAACCAAGAAGUCUGCUGCGUAAAACAUGACAAAAAUCUUCUUAACAUUAUUGCUGAAGAUCUUGCAGCUAGAGGGGUGUGUAUACAAGAUGACCAGCUAGAGAAUCGAGGGGAUGUGCCCAGAAGAGAGAAAUUGAGAAAAGAAAGAGAAGGCUCUGGGGAAUUAACCUUCAAGAAACAAAAGAACAAGAAGGUACUUAGGCACAACUUCAAUCCAAACUCUAAAUGUAUUCCAUAUGAUGACAUCCAUACAGCCCAAAAAUGUCAUGAAUGUACCCACUGUGUCAAAAACUUCAGCUGGCAUUCAGAGCUAAUCCUCCAUGAAAGAACACAUUCUGGUGAGAAACCUCACGUGUGUACAGAGUGUGGGAAAGCAUUCAAGACCAGAAAGCAGUGUCCUAUGCACCAGAUAAUCCACUCAGGGGAGAAACCCUUCGGCUGCACUCAGUGUGAGAAGGUUAACAGCAGGUCAGCUCUUUGUCGACAUAAGAAAACCCACAGUGGGGAGAAGCCCCAUGAGUGCCAGGAUUGUGGGAAAGCCUUCAAGACCAGGAACCAUCUCAGUAUCCAUCAGAUGAUCCACACUGGGAAGAAACCUUACACAUGCAAUGACUGCGGGAAGGCCUUCCAGUUCAAGCAUGCCUUUACCAUCCACAGCAGAAUCCACAUUGGAGAGAAGCCAUAUGAAUGUGAGAAGUGUGGGAAGGAUUUUAGUGGGAGUUCAGAUCUCACCAAACACUCAAGAAUCCACACCGGCGAGCAACCUUAUGAGUGUAACCAAUGUGGGAAAGCCUUCUGUCGGAGCUCAGACCUAAGCAAACACAAACGAAUCCACUCUCAGGAGAAACACUUUGGGUGCCCUCAGUGUGGAAAAGCCUUCCGUACGAAGGCAGAGCUCAGCCGACAUAGCAAGAUCCACAGCAAAGAGAAACCUUACAAGUGUGAGCAGUGUGGGAAAGCCUUUCGCCAUAACAGUAAGCGCAGGGCUCAUGAGCGGAAACACACAGGGGAAAAGCGCUAUCCAUGUGGGGAUUGUGGGAAAACAUUCCAGGACCCCCACUGCCUUGCCAUCCAUCAAAGGAUCCACACUGGAGAGAAACCUUAUAAGUGCUUGGAGUGUAGCAAAGCUUUCAGCUGGAAGUCAAACUUGACCAAUCAUCGCAGAAUCCACACUGGGGAAAAACCUUACAAAUGUGAGGUGUGUGGAAAGGCCUUUCAUCAUAGUUCAGUGCUGAGGCAGCACCAAAGAAUCCACACAGGCGAGAAGCCAUACACCUGCGAUGCGUGUGGCACUGCGUUCCGCCAGUGUUCAGCGCUCAUUGGACAUAAGCGAGUUCAUACCGGAGAGAAACCUUACAAGUGUAAGGAGUGUGGAAAAGCUUUCAGAGUGAGCUCAAGUCUUAGUGUACAUAAGAAAAGAAAACAUGGAGUUCAGAGAACACAUGAGCUUGAUCAGAGUGGAAAAUCUCUCCAGUGA